AUGGUUAUUUCUAUAGUCUACGACUAUGAGCAUUUUUCACUGUCUGUUAUCAUGGUUGUUACCCAGUUACUCCAAGCUCUGCAUCACCUCACCAGAGUGGUGACAUUCCAUGACCUGUCCUCUUCCAAAGCAAUCCUGGCUCUCUUUCCAGGAAAUUUCCACCAAAACCUCAAACACAUUCUGACAAAAAUCAUCCUAGAAUGUAUGUCUUCAUGGAGAAUGGAAGCGCAAGAAAAUGAGAUUUCCCUGCCACGCCUUGUUGACCUGGCCUGGAGAGUGGAUAUCAAAACGUCCUCCAACAAUAUUGGCUGCAUGGCUGUUCCUACCUGCUUCCUCCAGAUGAAGAUCCAGGAAGAUCCCAGUCUGUGUGGGAACAAACCCUCCAUCUCUGUCGUGACCGUGGAGCUGAGCAAAGAAACACUGGACACCGUAUUAGAUGGGCUGGGCCACAUCCAAGACCAGCUCUCUGCUGUGGCCAAUAAAUGA